AUGUGGAAUCGUCUGGUGAAGCCCGUGACCAUGGCCGGGCGUGUGGCGACGGUCCCGGCAGUCCGAUCUAACCCAGCAUGGGCAUUCCCACGCUUUUAUGCUGUGAAAGCUACACGAAGCUCCUCAUUCCAGUCAGUGACGCCUGCCAUUAUGAAGCAGUUUGCUGCAGUUCUGUCGACCCCCAAAACUUCAUUGCUCAGCACGAUCCCGUCAGAAGACAAUGAAUGGAAUGUGGUGGAUAAAUCUGAGCUGGACGUAUUUAACAGCGACUGGAUGGGGAAAUAUAUCGGUGGUUCCGCCUGCGUUGUUCGACCCAAAUCGACCGAAGAAGUGGCCAAGAUUAUGCGCAUUUGCUACGACAACAAUAUCGCCGUAGUGCCGCAGGGUGGCAACACGGGUUUGGUCGGCGGCAGUGUUCCGGUUCAUGAUGAAGUCAUCAUUAAUCUCAGUGCCCUCAACAAAAUCCGUGAAUUUGACGCUACUGCAGGAACGCUGGUUUGCGAUGCAGGCUGUAUUCUGGAGAGCCUGGACGAGUAUGUUGCUAAGGAGGGAUACAUGAUGCCGCUGGAUCUUGGCGCCAAAGGCAGCUGUCAUAUUGGUGGCAACGUGGCUACCAAUGCAGGUGGCCUUCGGUUCUUGCGGUACGGCUCACUCCACGGUUCCGUUCUGGGGCUGGAAGUAGUCUUGCCCAACGGUGAAAUUCUGCCCGGUCUAGAAACACUGCGCAAAGACAACACAGGCCUGGACCUUAAGCAAUUGUUUAUUGGCUCAGAAGGUACUUUGGGCAUUAUCACAGGUGUCUCGAUUGCUACGCCUCGCCGUCCUAGUGCCACGAACGUGGCUCUCUUUGGUGUUGAAUCCUUUGACGCUGUCCAGAAGGCGUUCCAAAUGGUGCGCAAGGCAUGUGGUGAGAUUCUUUCGGCCUUUGAGUUCGUUGACCAGGAGUCGUACAAUAUUGUGCAGACCUGUUCAACUCGGAACCUCCGUGAUCCCUUCGAGCAACGCUACCCUAUGUAUGUGCUGAUUGAGACAAGCGGCUCCAACAAAGACCAUGACGAUGAAAAGUUGCAAGCUCUCUUGGAGCACCUGUUAGAGUCGGAGGUAAUCGUGGACGGUGUAGUAGCACAGGACGAAACCCAAAUCAAGGCUUUCUGGGCGCUACGUGAAGCUGUGCCUGAGGCGCUGGCCCACCAUGGACGUGUGUACAAAUAUGAUAUCAGUAUGCCUAUCAGCAAGAUGUAUGAAUUGGUGGAAAAUCUUCGCCAUCGUAUGGUAGAGAAGGGCUUGAUGCCUGCACUGAAUACGCCUGGCCGGGUCAAGUCCGUCUGUGGGUAUGGUCAUGUUGGCGAUGGCAACCUUCAUAUCAAUAUUAGUGCCGAGCUGUACGAGCCUGCCGUGGAAGACGCUAUUGAGCCCUACAUCUAUGAGUGGGUCCAGGGCGUUCGUGGCUCUAUUUCGGCAGAGCAUGGCCUUGGCGUGAUGAAGGCGGAGAAGAUUGGCUACUCUAAAGAUCGUCUAGCCGUGGAUUACAUGAAGAAAAUCAAGGCACUCUUUGAUCCGAAGGGCUUGUUGAAUCCAUACAAGGCACUACCUUCCGAGUAA